AUGUGGCGAGUGAUUCAACAGCGCGCAACAAUCGCGCAUCCGCUGGUCAGACAGCGCCAUAGUCGAGUGAUUGCCAUAAGACGCGAGGAUCAGUCCGUGUGGGAGCGACGGGCUCCGUUCGGACCCACCCAUGUCCAGAAACUGGUCAAGCAGAAUGUUAAGGUCAUCGUACAGCCCUCCAAUCGUCGCGCCUAUCCCAUGCAGGCCUAUAUGCAAGCUGGAGCUCACAUUCAGGAGGACAUCAGCGAGGCCUCUGUCAUAUUUGGCGUCAAACAAGUGCCCAUCGAUGCUUUGAUACCAGGAAAGACAUACUGCUUCUUUUCGCACACGAUCAAGGCCCAGGAAUCGAACAUGCCACUGCUGGAUGCUGUCUUAGAGAAGAAAAUCCGUCUCAUCGAUUAUGAACGCAUCAUCGACGAACGCGGCGCUCGUCAGGUGGCCUUUGGCAAAUACGCUGGCGUCGCUGGCAUGGUGAACAUUCUUCAUGGGAUCGGGCUGCGUCUGCUGGCCCUGGGGCAUCACACACCCUUCAUGCACAUUGGUCCCGCUCACAACUAUCGCAAUUCGUCGAUGGCCCGCCAGGCCAUACGCGACUGCGGCUAUGAGAUCUCUCUGGGAAUGAUGCCCAAGUCGAUCGGACCUCUGACCUUUGUCUUCACCGGCUCCGGUAAUGUGUCGCAGGGCGCCCAGGAGGUAUUCUCGGAGCUGCCCAUUGAAUAUGUUCCACCAGAGAUGCUGCGUAAGGUGGCAGAGCAUGGAAAUCAGAAUAAGUUGUAUGGCUGCGAGGUGAGCCGUUCUGAUCACCUGGAGCGUCGCGAUGGCGGCGGCUUCGAUGCCAAGGAGUACGACGAGUACCCCGAGCGUUAUAUAUCCACUUUGAGCACAAAGAUAGCACCCUAUGCCUCUGUCAUAGUGAACGGCAUUUACUGGGCGGUCGGAAGUCCGAAGUUAAUCAGCAUACCAGAUGCCAAGAACCUGCUGCGUCCCGCCAACACACCCUGGCUGCCGGUGAGCAAGGGCAGUCCUGCCCUGCCCCAUCGCAUGCUGGCCAUUUGCGACAUCUCUGCGGAUCCGGGCGGCUCCAUUGAGUUCAUGAACGAGUGCACCACCAUCGACACGCCUUUUUGCCUGUACGAUGCGGACAGGAAUAAGGAUACCAAAAGCUUCAAGGGACCUGGUGUGCUUGUGUGUUCCAUUGACAAUAUGCCCACGCAGCUGCCGCGCGAGUCAACGGAUCUGUUUGGGGAGCUGCUGGCCCCCCAUGUCCACGAUAUCAUCAAGAGCGAUGCCAAGAAGCCGCUGUCCGAGGAGCAGUUCUCGUACCCCAUCCAAUCGGCGAUUAUCGCGAGCAAUGGAGAGCUGACCGAGGGCUUUCAGUACAUUCAGGAACUGCGCGAGUCCCAGAGCAAUCGUUCGCGCCACAAGAUGGAAGGCAGCUCCGAAUCGCACAAAAAAGUACUAGUGCUGGGCGCCGGCAUGGUCUCUGCUCCUUUGGUGGAGUGGCUGCACCGCGAGAAGGACGUGAACAUCACCGUCUGCUCGCAGGUCAAGGACGAGGCCGAUCGGCUGGCCAAUCAAUACGCGGGCGUGGACAGCGUCUACCUGGAUGUCAACGAGAGCACGGGCCAUCUGCAGGAGCUCUGCGGUAAGGCGGACGUGGUCGUCUCCCUGCUCCCCUACAGCCUUCAUGGCAUGGUCGCUCGCUACUGCGUGGCUGAGGGCACACACAUGGUCACGGCCAGCUAUCUGAACGAUGAGAUCUCUGGACUGCACGAUGAGGCCAAGGCCAAGGGUGUCACCAUCAUGAAUGAGGUGGGAUUGGAUCCGGGCAUUGAUCAUCUGCUGGCGCUGGAGUGCAUUCACGAGGUUCAGGAGAAGGGAGCAGUCGUCGAGUCUUUCGUGAGCUAUUGUGGCGGUUUGCCAGCCCCCGAGCACUCGAACAAUGCCCUGCGCUACAAGUUCUCAUGGUCGCCGCGCGGCGUCCUGCUCAACACCCUCUCUGCGGCCAAGUAUCUGAGUCGCGGCCAGAUCGUGGAGAUAUCGGGCGGCGGGGAGCUCAUGUCCACGCCUCGCAGUCUCGACUUUUUGCCAGGAUUUGCCCUGGAGGGCUUCCCCAAUCGGGACUCCACCAAGUACGGCUCCCUCUAUGGGUUGGGCAGGGAUGUGCACACCCUGCUCCGUGGCACCAUACGGUAUAAGGGCUUCUCAGAGUCCAUUAAGCCCAUGCAGCUGCUGGGCCUGAUUGACCCGGAGCCACAUUCCAUGCUGCAUCCCAGCGGACCGGAUGUCACCUGGCGGCAGCUUGUGAUCCACCUGCUGGGCAUGUCCGAUUCGAGCAUCUUCUACGAGAACCUCAAGCAGAAGCUGAACGAACGCAUCGGCGAUGUCGAUUGCAUUGAGAGCUUGGGUCUGCUAGAAGAGACGCCCGUUGUUAAGCUCAACACACCCUUGGACACGCUUAGUCACUAUCUGUCCAAGAGAUUGGCCUUUGAAAGGGAAGAGCGUGAUCUGGUUGUGUUGCGCCAUGAGGUGGGCAUCCGCUGGCCCGACGGCCGUCGUGAGGAGCGUGGCAUCAACUUCGUGGUCUAUGGCCAGCCCCAGGGACACUCUGCUAUGGCUAUGACGGUGGGCAAGCCCGCCGCAAUAGCAGCCAAAAUGAUACUAGAUGGUGAGAUCCAGGAACGCGGCGUCUUGCUGCCUUUUACCCCCGACAUCUAUCGUCCCAUGCUGCAGCGUCUGCGCUCCGAGGGUCUGACUGCCACGGAGACCUCCAGAUGGUUGAAUUAGUCUGAAACGAACCGAAUCGAACAGAACCGUACUGCCGGGAAUAGUAUAUCCCUUAGGCUUAAGUCAUGAGUGCCUUUCAUUCAUUCAUUCAUUCAGCCAUAAUUUGUGUUGCUGUUUUUAUCGCUGUACUUUUUGGUGUUACUUUUUGUUGGUCGAUAAGACAUGUUAACGUUAUCUUUCUACCAAAAUAAGUUUUAUGGUUAAAGCUACUUGAGUGCACAAACACUACGUUCAAGUUGAUGUCGAACUUGUGAAAUUUGUUUCCCCUGCGGGAAUUAUUAUUGAUGGACGAAUGAUUUGAAAAGAAUGUGGAAAAUUAUA